AUGUAGAGACUUUUAAAUCACAACGAAAAUGAUGCGAACUGGGAGUAGAAGAGAGGAAUAUAUCACACACUAGGACUUCACUUUAACUCAACUGCUGACGAAAUUGAAAAAAAUUACAAUUUUCUGAAUAAUUUUUACGAAUCUCAUAAUGAAAAUCAGAAGUCAAUAGAUUUACAAAAGAAAAUUAGAUUAGCAUAUGACUAGCUUAAAAAUAUUAAAGAAAAAGAAAAAUACAUACAUGAGCUAAAAAUAAGAAGCUAUUUAUGUCAGCAUCUUGAGCAUUAUUAUAUGCAAUAUCAUGAGCUUAAGAUGUUUCCCUUUUUUAUUUUUUAAGUUUUUCAUAAGAAAUGCAAAGAAAAUGUAAUACUUGAAUUUAACUUUGUGAACCAGACAAUCACUGAAAUUAAUGAAGGAAAAUAAGUGCAAGCAUUUCUUUUUUGUGCAAUAAGUAGUGUGCUUUUUGGUGAAAGGGAGAAUGAAUUUAUAUUUUAUUUAUGGGACUCUGGUAAGAUAAAACCAUAAAACUACAAAGCAAAGUAUACCUAAUAAAGAGAUUUGAUCGUUUAAAUUUCACUCAUGGCAAAAUAUUUUUAUGAAGAAACUAAACCUAUUUUAAGACUUUAGAAUCCAAAUUUUGGUGAAAAUGAGUUAAGGCAUUUGCAUUCUACUUAUGAGCAUAAAUAAUUUACUAAUAAAAUAUAUUGGAGAGAUAGAGUGAUGCCUCCCAAAAGAGAAAGAAAAUAUAAAGCAAGGAGAGUUAGUUCUUUGUCUUCAUUGUUUAAAAACGAGUUAGUAUACAUCGAAAUAGGAGUUUCUCAAAUGCUCAUCUCUAAAGAUGAAGAUUUUAGAAAUAUAUUACAUGUCAUUCCUCUGAAAAAAGACUAUGUUUAAUUCAUCACAAAAAAUCAUUAAAUUCAUUUUUGUUUAAGUAAUGAGGAGGUUUUUAAAUUUUAACUUGAAAAAGAUUAUGACAUAGAACAAUUUGCUCAUUCGCUUAAAAGGACAAUGGAAAUGAAUCCCUAACAAAUAAAACAUCUUUAUGAUGUCAUGGAGUCUGAUAACUCUAUAAAACAUGGAAUCCUGGUUUAAGACAAGAGUGAAUUUUGCUUAAAAUUAUUUGAUAAGAUUAAUUAGUGCUAAAACGUAAUAAAAAAAAUGACUUCUAAAGUAGAAUAACUAGUUUAAGAAGAGUAAAGCGAUGUUCUAGAUUCUAAACUUUGGGAUAAAAACCAAACAAUUACCUAUUCAAAAUUAGGAAACUAGAAAAAAUAAAAAUAAAAAAACAAUAUAGGUAUAGGCUACAGUAUGCCUUCGCAUUAUAACAAUCCAUACAGUUCUGUAUCUUCUAACAUGAAUUGA